AUGUACUGGUCCAAAGCCUUGAGAUUCCCUGCCAUCACUGAAAAGUUCACACGUGACAGAUUCUUCAGGUUGAGGCGAUCACUCAAAGUGCUCAUUGAUGAUGAUGUUCCAGAGGAUCUGAGAGAGUGUGAUAAAUUCUGGAAGGUGAGGCCUUUUCUGAAUCGCAUUCUGAAAGGCUGCAAAUCUCAGGCUCGACCAGAAUGUGUUUCCAUUGAUGAGCAGAUGAUUCCUUUCACAGGAGCUUGUCCGUGUCGACAAUAUCUGCCAAUGAAACCAAACCCAGUUGGCAUGAAAAACUUUGUUUGCGCAACAGCAGAUGGUAUUGUGCUGGACUUUGACAUUUAUCAAGGUAGAGAUGCACUCCUUGAGCAGGUUGAAGAACCAGGGGAUCUGGGUUUGGGAGGCUUGGUGAUAGAUCGCCUGUCUCAAACUCUGCAGCCUAAUAGAAAUGUUUACUGUGACCGGUUCUUCACAUCCAUCCAAUGUGUGGAACGCAUGAUGAAGAAGCAGAUGUAUGUAACUGGUACAGUUAUGAAGAAUCGGGUCGCUGCAGCAGUGCAGAAGCUACCAACUGACAAAACAAUGAAAAAAAACGGAAGAGGUACCUCAGCACAAGUUACCACUGAGGAUGGAAAGAUUUGCGUGGUGAAGUGGUAUGACAAUAAACCGGUAUUGAUGAUGUCUGCUGUUCAUGCUAGAGAGCCAGAAGACACCUGCCAGAGAUGGGACAAAAAACUGAAACGAUAUGUGACCAUCUUGCGACCAAGUAUUAUCCGUGAAUACAACUCCAAGAUGGGUGGAGUUGACCUUGUCGAUAGAAUGAUGAGUUACUAUCGCAUGAGUGGCCGUACAAAGAAAUGGACACUGCGGAUGCUAAUGCACUUUACGGAUCUGGCUUUAGCCAACAGCUGGCUACUGUACCGCAAAGACCUCACUGUAUGUGGCACACCAAAGAAGAACAUCAUGCAGUUCCUUGAAUUUCGUAUGGAAUUGGCCAUGACCUUCUUGGCUCAGCGUGACAAUGACAACUCUGACUUUUCAGAGCGGGAAGAUGACCCAGACGUUUUGGUCCAAGGGAAAAGGCGUCCAGUGAAGGCAGUGCCCCAUGUCUCAGUCCGCAGGAGGGCUAAUGCACAUCUGCCAGAGGCGGUAAAUGUGAAGAAUGCAGCGCGCUGCAGAGCAAAAGGCUGCUCAGAGAAAACUCGAGUGCAUCGUGUUACAUGCAAGGUGUUCCUCUGCUUACAGGCAGAUCGCAACUGUUACAUAGCCUUUCACACAUAG